AUGCUUCUGUUGUCCUCCCGUCUGUCCCCAGCAGACACGGCGUCCUGCGGCGGCGACUCUUCGGACAGCGACGGCGAGCUGCUGGGUCGGUACCAGGAGGCAGUGGGCCGCUCCCAGGGCCUCAGAGGAGCAGCAGGGACCACGGGUGGCGCCAGGCCCCGGGGGGGCUUCAGGUGGGAGAGCCGGCAGAACUACAGAGCCCUGACCGGAGACGGCUACAGCAGCGAGGCCUCGGCGGACGAUGCCAACUGCAUCCAGAGGAUGAGGAGAACGCCGCCGCUGGACGAGCUGCAGCCGCCUCCCUACCAGGACGAGAACGGCUCUCCCAGGAUGUCCUGCACACUGUCGGACCUGGGCGACGCCAAGUGCGACCUGUCCCAGACCAGCGGCAGUCCUCACCUGUCCUUUGGGAAGUGCCUGAGCGAGGGCAGCGACGGCCAGGAGAGCGAAGGCUACCUGAACAAAGGCUACGAAGAGGACGCCCCCAGCGACAGCACUGCCGUCCUCAGCCCUGAGGACACGUCGGCCCGCGGGUCGGCUGCACGCUUCCCAAAAGGCUACGAACCCGAUGCCCUUUCCAAGUACGGCACCCUGGAUGUGGUGUUUGACUACGACUCGGAGGAGCAGCAGCUGACCGUGACCAUCAUGGCGGUGACCGACCUGCCCUCCAUCAAACACACAGGAAACUUCUCCUGGCAGGUGCACCUGGUGCUGCUGCCCACCAAGAAGCAGAGGGCCAAGACAGGCGUCCAGCGAGGGCCCGGCCCCGUCUUCACCGAGACCUUCCGCUUCAGCCACGUGGAGACGGAGAUGAUCGGCAACUACGCCGUCCGCUUCCGCCUCUACAGCAUCCGACGCAUGAAGAAGGAGAAGGUGUUCGGAGAAAAGGUCUUCUACCUCACCAAGCUCAACCUCCAGGGCAAAAUGUCUGUGCCGGUCAUCCUGGAUCCAUGCUGCAGUCUCCCGGGUGGGGAGUCCCAGGUCAGCCUGUCUGACCUGACGUGCAGCGACAGCGCUUCGUCCUUCCUGUCCGUCAGCCAGACCUCGGCUCCGGAGAUCCUGGUGGGCCUGGUGUACAACGCCACCACCGGCCGCCUCUCCGUAGAAAUCAUCAAAGGCAUCCACUUCAAAAACCUGGCCGCCAACAAGCCACCCAACGGGCUGUUCUGUUGUCUCAAACACUUGGUAGGCGGACAGGUUUAUAUAAUCAGAGGUGAGUCUGCGCCGCCCGCUCUGCCUUUCUCUGCCUUCAUGGAUGCAGUGCAGACGUUUCACUGGAAUCAUAUUUUCACUGCAUGCAGUUGGAUGGGAUCUGGCCCUUUGUCUUUCACAUAGAACUAAACGGAGUAAAAGUAGAAAUACAAAUAUUAGUUUCUACCUAAAGCUUCAGCUUCAAACAUAUGAAAGUUGAACCAGCGUUGAGUUUUUAUGUUUGUUUAUUCUGCACUCUGAUAUUUACAUGAAAUGACUAAAGAUAACAGUUUGAUUGACAAAUGAAAUAUUUUCUGUUCAACAAAAUUAGUCCUAUAGCUUUUUUUAUUAUUUGAUUUAAAUAAUUAGUUGGAACCAAGAAGCAGAAAGGAAACACUUUUUCAAUAAAAUACAAACUGUUAGCCGACAUUAGCUUAGCUUAAUUUGUCUAAUUUUAUAUUGAUAAGAGUAUUGAUAAUCCAAAAUAAACAUAAAAGCUGAAGUGUGAUUGGAGCUGAAGGUGACAGGCUGAAUGUCAGCAGCUCAUCCAUGAAGACGUUUCCUCGUUGUGAAGCUGGUGUCUGCAUGAAUCCCUCCCUCCGUUUCUGCCUGAUUGUCUUCAACCGUUUCUCUCUGAGAAAUUCACAUUUUCAUCCGGUUCCAGGAUUCACUCUGGACUAUUUCAUAAUAUACAUAAAAUAAGUCGUUUUAUUACUUAUGUCACAUUUUUGACUAGAUUAAUAUAAAAAUAUAUUUCA